CAGAUCGUUUUUGCAGCGCCUCCAGAAUGAAGAGCUCUCGUCUGCUCGCGCUUCUCGCGGUGUGCAUUGCAUCGGCGAAAGCGGAUUCAGAACCGAUUACUACGCCUUUCAUUCCGUGCAAGGCUCUCACACCUCUGAAAACGCUCGCACUUCAACAGCUCACUGGACAAUGGGCCCCAAAAAAAUUAUAUGCUGUGAGCGAGGUAGCAGCAUUAGUGGGCAUGUCUAUCGCCAAGCCCGGCCAGCAAUGUUUGACCGAGGAAAUUUCCCAAGUGCAGGGCCCGGCUCUAGUCCUCUCAGUUUUCGACUCUACAUUAGACACUAAGAACUCUAGCUCAUGCUCGAUCGACAGAUCCCAGCACGGUUUGUGGACCUGCAGCCCCAUGGGAAAAGGCGGAUUCAAUGUUGUCGUGGUGAUGGCCGAGGCCUCCAGUUUUCUCCUGCUUGCCCCUGCCUGCGUCAGUGCAAAGCACUACCCCAACCUUCAGCAGUUUGAACCUCAGAGAUUCUCGCCCGUCCUGUUCCUUUUGCAAAAGAAGAACACACCCGCACUGGCCGCGGACAAAAUCGCCGAAAUCGACCAAAAGGCGGGUGAGGCCCUCCAAAGAAGACCCAUCAUCCGUGACAUCGACUGCACAGAGAAUAGAGCAGGUUUCGGAGGUCAGUUGAACGGCAUCAACCUGAACGAGUUUGAAGAUUCUGACGUUGGCAUUGAUCGUCCUGGUUUUGUCAAUGCAAAUGAAAACAAGGGCAGACCCAUUCCAAGCGGAAGGCCAGGCUCUGAUCCUCACUUCGGGCCUCAGGGUGGGUCCACGGUCUUGAAACCUGGAGUGACCUACGCAAAUCCCUCAAAUCCCAUUGGCAACAGUGCUCCACUGAAUGGCAAAAAGCAGUUUCACAAACACCCUGAGGUCAACAGGGUCAUGCAAAGUAUCCAGGAAUGGUUCAAUGACCCCAGGAAUAAGAAAAACGGACAACACGGUGGUGGUUCCUGGAACCAGGGUGGAAACGGAGGCUUAGGCAACAACAAUAAUCACAACAAUUUAAAUGGAAACAACGGCAACAACUGGAAUACUGGAAAUAAACCCGGACACACCGAUCCCUGGAAUACUGGAAAUAAUUCUGGAACCAAUAACUGGAAUAAUGGAAAUAAACCUGAGGGCAACAACAACAACAACUGGAACAAUGGAAACAAUCCUGGCAACAACUGGAAUAAUGGAAAUAAUCCUGGUAACAACUGGAACAAUGGAAACAAUCCUGGCAAUAACUGGAAUGGAAACAAUAAUCCCAACGGAAAUGGUGGUUUCAACAAUAAUGUUGGCUUCAGAUUUGGUCAAGGGGAGUCCGGGAGCAAUGACACAUUGACGGCAAACAAUACCACAGCGACGGGCAACACCACAGUCGCAAGCGAAGAUUCUGUUUGAAGAAAUUUUGAAUUCUGAAAUAAUACAAUGAUAAUAAUAUGAUUUAAACGUACAUAAAU